AUGGCAGAGCCAACAUCAUUGUGGUGGCCGGAUGAGAGGGUGAAGGCAACGCUGACGGCGGAAUAUGUUGCCUCCAGUCUCAGACCCGAAAGUCAGGACCGGCUCUUCUCCCUGCCACCGUGGGGAGAGGGCCUGACGAGUGAGACCUAUCUCGAUUGGAUUCUGACAAAGGCCGGCAAGCUCUUCCUCAUCCUUCUCGACAUCGGAAUCCCAGAUCGCAUCUUUGCGCUCGUCGACCAGUCCUACGACGACUCCGAUCUCCCCAUUGCGGCGCAUAGCGUCGACCUCCUCAAGCUCUCGCCGGAAGGAGAAUCGCCUGCACUAGAUACCAAAUUCUUCCAUGCGCAGUGGAGGUUCUUGGUGCGCGGAAUUCACGAAGGCGAGCACGUCAAGUAUACGGAAAACGAAGGCGUUCCGGUGGAAUUGCUACGGACCGGGCUGACGAGUACGAACAAGGACGGAGUCGAGAAGGUCGUCCUGUCGGGAGCGGUAUGUCGAGUGUUCUUGCGGACUCAAGUCAAAGUCGGGGAAGCUCCUCAUUUCCUUGACGAAAGCGAGGUGCUGGACGAAAUCCACUCCCUGCGAAGGCUCGCCCAUGAGCAUGUCUUCUCCGUGUAUGGCUCCUAUUUCGUGGACGACAGCAUCUCCGUUCUCUUCUCGAGACCCCAUGAGCGCACACUCGGGGCCUUCCUGACCGAUGUGCCUCAGAGCUUCAAACGCCUUCCCAAACCGCAACGGAGACAGAUACUGAUCAAUUGGCCGCACUGCUUGGCGAACGGCCUGGCAUGGCUUCACGCACAAGGCCAUUCCCACGGCGCUAUUCGACCGUCUAAUAUUUUCAUUGACUCAACUCAUAACGUAUUCUUGGGACAUUUUGAGGCCCUGGAUACGCUAUUACCGCCAGGCAAAGUAAAUGACGUCGAAGCAUAUCAAUAUGCUGCUCCCGAGCGCUGGAUUCGCACCGCGGCUGUGCAGGAAACCGGAGUUUCGCGUACUGCUCUUCCUUCUGGAGGGAGGACAGCCAGGCGACAAUCGAAUUCCAACAUUGUAAAAGACAGUGUCGCCAAGCUAACACAGGCUACGCGCUCGAGCAUGGCUUCAGAUCUCACCCGGCCCGUGUCAAUGGUCUCGGCCAGUUCAUCAGCUGCCUCGCAAGCCACUGUUAUACGAGUGGGCUUCCCUGGCUCGCCGAGGAGAACGUCAUACGCCCUUUCUUCGUCUUCCUCUGGCUCCAGUAACAAUGGCUACUCUCGCAAACACGCUAUUUCGUCUCUCAAGAGGCCCAUCUUUUAUGCUCCGUCCAUCGCUUCCUCGAAUUCAUCCGACUCGUCAGGCCGCCCUGUCACGACUGUGUCGAACCCAGUUGGUCUGGCGGCGCCCAAUUCAAAAGUAGCCGUUGUCCAAACCUGGCAAUCUCACCAGCUUGAUCCUCAGCGCUCAGAUAUCUUUUCCCUAGCUGCAGUGAUACUGGACAUCUUUACCCAUCUUUGCAAACGGAAGAUAUCCGCUUUUGUGCAUCACCGGGGGGCGAAGAACAGAACUCCAGGCCGCGGAGGAGGCGUGGCAGAUGCCUCAUUCCACCUGGAUAAAAAUCUAGGCCAAGUGGGCUCAUGGAUUACUCUUCUCGACCACGACGCCAAAAAGCGUCGGGAUCCUAUUUUCAGGGCCCUGAAGCCAAUGUUAGCUGUCGUCCGCGACAUGCUGGCAAGAGAACCAGAGAAGCGCCCUACCGGAGCACAAGUUGAACGCAGAUUCGCCAGAGCCAUCAACCACUUGACAGGAAUCGUGCAGCUCCACUGCGUAUGCAAGGAACCUCCCCCCUUAGUCCAGCAGGAAGCACGAGAACCGAAGCCAGAAGUCAGCGAAGAGCCUCCUCCUCCCAUUGGAUCUCCAAUACCGGAAUAUCCAGAAUCACCUAUCUUAUCUGGCGACAAAGGGCCCGUGGAUAGUGUGAAGAGGAUGGAAGGACCCGCCAGCGGUCCUCCUUCGCCUGCAUCUGUAGCGGAGUUCGACUUUGGCCUAGACGAGACAGGAACAGGAUACAUCGAUACCAGUGACACAGACAAGAGUCCCUGGCUCAGUAUGGCAAGUCGCUUUCAGGUGACUUUUCGAAGAUGGUGACUAGUCCCACAAGGCUGAUUUCGCAGAUACGGAAAAAGUCACCUCUGUCGAAAGAGCAGCCCUGAUGGGCAGAAUUCACAUGACCAAUUGACCUUUUUUUUUUUUUUUUUCAUAUAAUCUCACACAUUCUAACCUUCAUACUGGAGACGCUACUUUUAUUUCCUUUGUUACUUUUCUUCUCCUUCCCUUCCC